GGUAAGAGAGGUGCUCCGUGAAAGGGAGUAGGGCGGGCUCAGCCAAACAGAUCAGUCACUUCAGUCGUGUGGUGCAUGCAACGUCUCUCCUCAGGAUACUUAACAGCCGGUUGUGUGCGAUUAUAAAAGGAUAUCAUCAGCUUUACAAAUCCCACAAAAAGGAGCAGACACAAGUACAGCAGAAAAUGGAAGAUUACUUUUACGACGAUGAGGACUCCGCCUUAAAUGACAGUUACGAGUACAAUUACGAACACAGUGUUUGUGACAAGGAGGAAGUGCGCUCUUUUGGCAGGGUCUUCCUCCCGAUCAUCUAUGCUGUGGCUCUGGUUGUAGGCCUGGCUGGGAAUGCCCUGGUAGUGGUGGUCUACAUGUCAAAGCUGCGACUACGAACCCUCACAGAUGUGUGCAUCCUUAACCUCGCCAUUUCGGACCUGCUGCUUCUCUUCACCCUGCCUUUCUGGGCGGCUGACGCCGUCCAUGGCUGGAUGUUGGGUCCGGCAGCCUGCAAGAUCACCUCCUUCCUCUACAGUGCCAACUUCAGCUGUGGCAUGCUGCUGCUGGCGUGCAUCAGUGUGGAUCGUUGUCGCGCUGUAGCCCAAAAUCCAACAGGCAGGAGUGGGACAUGUCCCCGGGUAAGAAGACAGUGGCUCCUGGUGUGUGUGGUGUUGUGGGCUGUAGCCAGCUUUCUUGGUCUCCCUGAACUUAUCUUCUCCACAGUGAAGCACUCCCAUCACAGGAUGUCCUGCACAGAAGUCUACCCGCACAGCAUGGCCCGAUCUGCAAAGGCUGCCCUGGAGCUGCUGGAGGUGACCCUUAGAUUCCUGCUACCUUUCUUGGUCAUGGUGGUGUGCUACUGCUUGGUAGGGCGGGCACUGAGCCGGGCAGCUGGGGUGCGAAGAGACCGAAAAUGGCGCGCCCUGCGUGUCCUUCUGGCUGUGGUGGCUGUCUUCCUUCUCACCCAGCUGCCCUACAACGUGGUCAAGCUGUGCCGGGCGAUGGACAUCAUCUACAUUUUAGUGACCGACUGCGAGGAGAGCAAGGCCCUGGAUCGCGCUCUCCAAGUGACAGAGAGCCUGGCGCUGACCCACGCUUGCAUUAACCCCCUCCUCUACGCCUUCAUCGGAUCGUCCUUCAGGGGACACGUCCUGAAGGCUGCCAAGCGCCUUGGACAGCGAGUCGGGAGACACCCGAGACACGUCAACGAGGAGCCGGCAGUGGAGAUCGCACUCAACACGCGCAGUCCAACGCAAUCCCAGUCUGGUUCAGAAGACCAAGCCACCAGCACCUUUACUAUUUAAGACUCUUAACAUGUGUCCCCGUAAGCACCUAUGUAUAUAUACACAUCGUUACAUCAUAAGAAAUAGACAUCAAUAACCAAAUAUAUUGAUUAUUAUUGUACAAUUGUAUGAAAGUAUAUGUUUAUAUGCACUAACAAAGCAAAGAAUUUUGUAGAAAUUAUGUAUUUUGUUUAAUAAAAGACAGAUAUUCAGUGACACGCA